GCUGACUAUAACAGACUGAUAUUCAUUUACAUUAUGAAAAAAAAAAAAAAUCACUAAUGUUUUAGUCGACAAAGAGCCACUGUACCGUGUGGUUUUAUUUCACCGUGCGCAUAUGACAAUAGACGAGAGUUCAACUGCUGCAGUUAAAUUUUAAAUACUAAAAAAGUGGUCACCACUGAACGUCUGUAAAAUGUAAAAUAAUCUAUAGAAUAGCAUUCUAAAAAGUCGACCGUUAUACGCAAUAACCACCUAUCAUCAGUGUAUACCCGGAGAUUUGGGUGCUCUAACACCACACGACCAGCGAACAAUUAUUGCAUUUAUGCGUGACAUCACCGCACCGAGGAUAUAAAACGCCAUAAUGGUGCGCACCGGAACUUGUGGCGACCGUCUUCACCGGAUAUUGGUCGGCUAUUUGCCGAUACUUACAUGGAUGCCACAGUACAAGAAGUCGGACUUGCUGUACGACGCCGUGUCGGGUAUCACCGUAGCGCUCACGCUGAUGCCUCAAUCUAUAGCCUACGCGUCGCUGGCGGGACUGGACCCACUUAUCGGAUUGUAUGCUGCAUGCUUCGGUAGCGUGAUGUACAUAAUAUUUGGAUCAGUACGUCAAAUUACUAUCGGCCCUACGUCCGUUGUUGCGUUGCUCACUUUCAACUACGUCAAUCCAGCGCUACCAGCCACGGCGGUUAUCCUCUGUUUUGUGUCAGGAAUUGUCGAGCUCGUCUGCGGACUUUUCCGCUUAGGAUUCGUCGUGGAAUUCGUAUCGAUGCCGGUGACCGGCGGAUUCAUAUCGGCUGCAGCUAUUCUCAUGGCUUCCUCACAGUUGAAAGGAUUGUUCGGCAUUUCUUUUCAUGCCAAAAACUGUUUGGAAAUGUGGAUAAAGUUUGUCGAAAACAUUCAACAUUAUCGAAUAGCAGACACCGCUAUGGGACUGACGUGUAUCUUCGUGCUGAUAGGAUUGAAGAACUUAAAAUGCAUAAAAGUCAAUGCUAAAGGAAUGAAAGCAAAAUCUUAUUCAGUGUUAUUGUUUUUAUUGAACACCGGGAGCAAUGUACUCGUGGUCAUCGUAUCGUCGACCAUCGCAUAUUUUUCAAUCAGGCAAGGCCAGUCACCAUUAGUAUUGACAGGUACCAUAGCUAGUGGAAUACCGCAAUUUAGAUUUCUGUUUUUGGACUACGAAAACGAAGACGAAAAGUUUACCUUUCUCGAAGGUUUGUCCAGGUUAUGGCCUGGUGUGAUCGUUGUGCCGUUAGUGUCGAUCUUGAGCACAGUGUCCGUCGCUAAAGCAUUCAGCGGUGGAAGAGUCAUUGAUGCAUCACAAGAGAUGAUAGCUUUGGGAUUCUGUAAUAUUUUUGGCUCGUUUAUGGGAUCUAUGCCCGUUGCGGGUAGUAUGUCCAGGUCUGCUCUUAACCAUACAACAGGUGUCCGUACAACGUUCAGCUCAAUAUUUACAACUAUAUUGGUCAUGCUGUCGCUGUUCUUUUUGACACCACUUUUGUAUUACAUACCCAAGUCUAGUUUGUCCGCUGUACUCAUAUGUGCGGUGAUUUCAAUGUUUCGAUACGACAUGGCGAUUUUGUUAUGGAAAACCAAUAGACGCGAUCUAAUACCGUUCACCAUCACGUUCGUCUCUUGUUUGAUAUUCGACGUCGAGAUGGGACUUCUGUUCGGCAUCUGUGUCGACUUGCUGUGCGUACUCUAUCGCAGCGCCAGACCGUCGAUUUCCAUCGAAAAAGAAACCAACUCGGGUCACGUGAAAUGGGUGGUCAGGCCCAGCAGCGGGCUACUAUUCCCGGCGGUGGACUUUAUGCGACAGCGGAUCAUUGCCGAGAUGUCUUCUUUGGAACACCCGAACAAACCGCAUCUCAUAAUCGUGGACUGCGUGCAUUUCGACAAGACCGACUUCACAGCCGCCCAAGGAAUCAAAUCGUUGAUAAAUGAACUGAAAUCCGAGUCAUGUGAACUCGAACUGAUGAACGCCAAGGAAUGUGUAGCGGCUAUACUGGAAGCCACACUGAACAUUAAAAUCUUGUCUAUGGUUCCGCUUCAAGAUUCUAUUAAGAAACUUAAUUUUAUUCAACCUGAUCUCAAUGGAAUUGAAUCAAUAACAUUUCACGAGAUGAAAAUGAAAGAUAUCUGUGAACAUAAACCGUAAUAUUAUUACUUAUUUUUAUGUAAUUUUACUUUUGUAUACCAACUAUACCUAUUUAUAAAUAGUAUGUGAGUUAUUAUAUUCUAUUUAUUUACUAUAUUCUAUUGUUAACUAUAUAUUUAGGUACCUUUAAUAUAUUUAUGAAUAUUAUACAUAAACAAUGUAUAUGUAUAUUAUUAUAAAAUAUUGUGAAAAACUAAAACAA